AUGAACGAAGACAUCGUAGUGUCCAAGUCGUGUUAUGAUAAUUUCUCAGUGCCAACUCCAUGGCGUAAUUUCCAAAUCAUAGUGGAGGAUACAUCGUUCUAUGUAAACGCUGGCUGGUUAGCAGAGCUGUCGUCAUUCUUUGCUGACUACUGCUUUGGUGAAGAAGCACACAAUUCUUUGAUCAUAGAUGAUAUCAAACCUUCUGAAAUGCUCGACUAUGUAAACGCUGGCUGGUUAGCAGAGCUGUCGUCAUUCUUUGCUGACUACUGCUUUGGUGAAGAAGCACACAAUUCUUUGAUCAUAGAUGAUAUCAAACCUUCUGAAAUGCUCGAGUUUUUUCGUUGUAUCUUUUUUUGUCCUAUGAGGAAACCGCUCACAGUGGCGAAUGUGUCGUUAAUUUUGCGUGUUGCAUCUCGAUUCGAGAUGAAACCCGUGGUUGCAAGAUGUGAGCAAUUUGUUGCCCGUUCCGCUAACACACUCGACCGGGAUCGGCUAUUCCAG